GUCACGGGGCCGGUCACGUGAUCCGGGCUCUCCGUCAGGCCCCCGCGGUUUCGCGAAAGCGCCUUUGGGCAUAAAAAAAGGUUGCCAUGACAACUGCUGCUCGGCCCACGUUCGAGCCGGCGAGGGGCGGGAGGGGCAAAGGUGAGGGCAGCGGGGACCUGAGUGCCCUGUCCAAGCAGUACUCGAGUCGCGACCUCCCGGGACACACCAAGAUCAAGUACAGGCAGUCGACCCAGGACAAUGUGGAUGAGGUCCGUGGCCGCGACUUCCGCCGGGAGCUGGAGGAGCGCGAGAGAGUAACCGGACGAGAUCGGUCGCGUGCGCCUCGUGAGCACAUCACCUCUUCCUCUUCGUCAUCGUCCAAGCGCCCGCGCAUCGACCAAAUCCCUGCCGCCAAUAUCGACGCUGACGACCCUAUCGAGAGUGACGAGGACGAAGAUGCCUCGGAUAAGGACAGCGACGAUGAUGAGGAUGACACAGCGGCUCUGCUCGCCGAGCUCAGCAAAAUCAAGAAGGAGCGGGCGGAGGAGCAAUCCAAGCGCGAGCGGGAACAGAAAUCCGAGGAGGAGAAAAUUCGCACGGAGAAUAUCCUGAGUGGUAACCCCCUCAUGAACCUGACGGGUGCCGAGGGGUUCAAGGUGAAGCGCAGGUGGGACGACGACGUCGUCUUCAAGAACUGCGCCAAGGGGGUGGACGAAACCAAGAACGAGAAGCAGUUUGUGAAUGACACACUGCGCUCGGAGUUCCACAAAAAGUUCAUGGACAAAUACAUCCACUAAGGAGCGGAGACGCGGAGAUACGUACGGGUGCAUGGGGCAUGUGGGUGUGGGCAUUGGAGGAGGUUGGUGGCAGUGAGCAGAAGACGGUGAAAGGAAAAGAACAGGCCUGUGAGGUGGAGAGAGGGCAGCGGUUGACACAGGGUUGACGUGGCAACCUGAGUUUUAUUCCUGGCCAUGGCUCGCAGUGAAGAGGAAAACGUGCGAGUGCGUGUGUGCGAAUGCGUGUGUGCAUGUGCGUGAGGUACAGUGGGUAUGUAUGUUGAACUUCUUUUGCACCGUACGUAGCUCACCGCGCUAAUCGGAGGUGCAGGGGAAGGACAACAAGCUGAAUAAACUAAACGUCUGUGUAGUGGAAGCGUUGGCACAGUGGUUAACGCACUGCACACGAAGCCGUCUACCCGAGUUCAAUUCCUGACCAUGGCAAACAUCACCGGCAAGUGAUAUCGGAUGCGGUCCAGAGCCUUCUCUAGAUCGACUUCGUCCUAAUUGCAUUGUAGCAAACAUCAGUGCUUGGGAGACCAUGGGGUGGUGUUGGCCAAUAUCACCGUACCGGUAUUAGGUGCUUGCUAACGGCACAUUCCCCCAGCAGUCUGUUCAAGGCUACACGGGGGAGGGGGCGGGGGGGGUGGUCUUUGUGUGACGUGUAAGUUGUGUAUAUUGGGUGACUGCAUUUGUUGAGUUUUCGCAAGUGUUAGUGCGUCAAGGGGUGCAUCGAUGCAUCCAUUAACAUUGAUUCUUGCAGUCGCAUUACAUGUGGCAAAUCACGCGUGUUUUAAUAAAUGUUUUUCAAUUAUUUUUUUGCGUUGUACAGAAUGGGUUUCACGGGGCCCCCUGCAGCUAAUUGAAGCUGCUACAUUAUCACAUCGUGAAAAACAAAAGGAUCGAUUCCUGAAUCGAAUCUCGACCCUGAAUCGUUACUUGUUACCGAAUCCGUACUCUUCCCGUGUGUGUAUGUUAAGUGCCGAGUGCGUACAAGUGUGCAACUUGUUUGAGUCCUGGCCCAGGGGCUCCAGUGUAUGGCUGUGUGUAUGUAUGUUGAACUUCUUUCGCACCAUACGUAGCCAGCCAUACUGAUCGCAGGUGCUGGGGAAGGACAACAAACUAAACACAAAAAGCAGUUCUAAAAUAUACGUAGUGAGUGAGUUAAGUCUGCAAGAGAGUAUGUUUCAUGUUGGGUUUUUUUUUGUGGUGAAUGUAGUGAUGACAGGUUUGUGUGUGUGUACGUACGUUUUUAAGUUUUGUCUUGAGACCAACAAGGGUGCACGUGUGCUAAUGCUGAGCAAGUUUACAACAAGUGCAACCGGAGUAGUAUCGUGUACGAGGAGUGUGGCGAGUACUUUGUGUUUGUGCGCACCAGUGAUGCACGCCGGCUCCACUUCAGGCAAGGCAUUGAACUCCACCUUGGGUUUUGUCGUUACAGGUGACAUUGAUUUGGGUGCAGUAGAGAAGUGUCGUAAAUGGUGAGGGCUCUGGAUUUGAAAUGUUCAGGGGUCACCGGUUCGUUUCAAGCUCCCAGUACAGUUUGCGGUCUUGGUUGCCUUGGCUAAUUUGUUGAGUCGUGUCAGCUGAUCUUUAAUUGUUCUUUAGGCUUUUGGCAGUGUCAAAGGGGUUAAAGCAAUGGGCAAGUUACUUCAAUCGGGCCGCCUCUGCCCACCCAGCAGUAGAAAUUGACAUGCCACGGUUGGGUCGAUCGGUAGGGUCGUGUGUGAUGAGGUAAAGCGUGGGUGCUCUCGCCCCCCUUCAGAGACGUCUGGCUGGUGUGGAAGUGUCGACCCAAAUACCUUGGAGGUUCUCUAGAGCUCCCUUUAGUGGAGGCCUUUGCAACAGCAGUGGUGUGAGCGAGCCGUCGGGAAGUGUACGGAAUAUUUCGUGCAUCUGUGGUUGUUGGGCUUGUCACUGGGCCCAGUUCUCCCCAGAGGAUGCAUGGAUUUCUUGGAUAGAAACCCCGGAGCGGAUUUCACUGAUGAUUACCCUGACUUCGAGCCAAUGCACUUCGCCUGGUGUGCAGUGUAAUAUACAUGUACAGCCCUUUUGUCAGUCCACUGCGGGAUGAGGACCUUUGACAUACCACCGCUGGUCAAUGUGCAGUUCGGUGAUGCGGGGAGCAUAGAAGUUGGGAGAGAAGAUGGACAGUACAACAUUGUUGCUGCGUUGUGUAACACAUCCCUGCCGCAUCCAAAACAGCUGUUGUAUGCAUGGUGGUCACCAGUGGCGGCUUGUUACUUGCCUACUAGGUGGGGCAGUUGUGACUGACUUCUGAAAAUAUGGUGUUAUAAUUAGUGAUAAAACUGUCUUAUCUACCAACGGUCGGCAUUUAUAAACAAUACGAAACAAAACAAAGCACUCAAAUGCUCUCCCCAGGACCCUCAAGUCCACACUACACAACCCCCUUUGACACUGCCAAAAGCCGAAAGAACAAAGAUCAGCUGACACUACUCAACAGCUUAGCCAAGGCAACCAAGACCACCGCAUGCUGUACAAUAGCCACAUGCUGCCAUACAACCCACCGACACAAACAUCUUUGUAUUGACAACCCUUACUCGUUGGCUCUGUCGGGUGGUGGCGGGUUUUAACGACACGUUUAUAUAUUUACGCGAUCUAACCCAAACACCUCUAUUAAGGACAUUAAUAAAAUGUACACAGGCUCUACUAUUUUCUUCACUUUUCACUCCAGCUUGUUUCGUUGUGUGGUCACUGUCUCACUGUUAUUUGUGGUAACUGUAACACCACUUUACACUGACUACAUUGUCAAAUGGAAAGAUAGGUUUAUACUGACAUCCUACACAUUUGAUUUUGAGUUUAAGUCACGAUUAAGUUCAAUGUAACAAAUAUUUCUGGUUUUAAAGCCACGAGUGAUAUUACAAUACAUGCUUAACCAUAUUUCAAUCGACCCAUUAAAUUGCCAUUAAAUAAUUAACAUAGCUUACCACGCAAUAUCCCCGGAUGGGCGACUCUACAAUAGCAGGCUCCCUUUCCUCUGAAUUGACCUAUUUCCAGGGUGUUUGAAAAAGAUGGACCCGUUUUGAAAUCGUUAUAUCUCUGCAACCACGAACCGCCCAUGAAUGAAACUCUUACCACUUGAAAGGGCGGGGCAUAGAGAGGGUGGGGCAUAGAGAGGGCGGGGCAUAGAGAGGGUGGGGCAUAGGGCGGGGCAUAGAGUUUCAAAUGAUUACCGCUCGAUGCCUCUCCCAGCGCACAAACAGCCCCGAGCCUCAGUCACUCGCAAGACGGUGACCCCACAACAAAAGGCGUUUGCCUUCUGUAGUUCAGCAAGACUGAAUCCGUAAUUGCGGUGCAGCGUGCGUUUCAACGGCGUUUUGGCAUUGAUCCGCCAAUGUCAGAGCAUUCGUCGUUGGUACCGACAAUUAGAUGAAACCGAGUGUUUAUGUAAGGGGAAGAGCACAGGGCGACCACGAAGAAGACACUUUGAGAGGCGUUUGGGACGGAUUGAACUAUAAUCUCGAUGUUGUCCGUACAGUAGGUGGAGGGCACAUAGAGCAUUUAUAAAAUGAUUAGUAAAACUUCAUAACUCAUUAAACCGUUUGUAACUUUUUGAGUAUUUGUAACAUGUUGCCAUCGUGAAAUAUACUGCUUUGAAAUUGGGUCCAUCUUUUUUUAAACACCCUGUAUAUAUUGAUUUGGCACGACGAUCCUUUGAGGAGCAAACUUUUCAAUCGCUCGUCUGUUGAAGUCGGGAAUUUCAUUGAUCAGCUUUUACAUUGAAAGCAAAGCAAGUGCAUUGAGGCGGUCCUGGGACAUGGCGUUUCUCAGAAAUGUUUUCAAUCUUUUCAAACUUGAAAAACAUCUUUCAGCUUCAUCAGUGGUCAUCGGGGUCGUAAUGUGGAUUCGAAGGAGUUUCAAAGUCUCAGAGAAGGUGGUUUUCAGGUUGAUUUCCCCGGUCGCCUGAUGGCUGGUUGAUGUCGAUUGAGCGGGCUCUGUAAUAAACUUCAACCCUCACCGGUCACCGGUGGUUACAGGCCCAGGUGAUUGCUGCGAUGCACCCAACGAUGACCUCGCAGUAUUUAGAGGCAAGAGUUCAAGUCUUGUCUGGGCUCAACUCGUUCUGCUCAAAUUCGCACGUAUCUCCACCCCCCCCCCCCCCCCCCCAUUUUCCGAAUUAUGCUUUUGCUAGUUAUGCCACUAAUCACAGUUAUCCAUUGGGAUUUCUCGGAGCAGUGCAAACCUUCGUGUAAAAGAUAACAGCACAGGAAAGCGGAUAUAUUUUCAGAGCUACACUGGCACGAGUUAAUGAAUACCGCUGGAAAGCGCACGGUGAUUGUCCCAUGGAUCGCCUUGCCCCUGACGUGCGGCAUUUUACAAUUAAUGGCUGAGGGCUGCCGACCGUUGAUUUAUGAGUGACGCUCCCAUUGCUUGUUUGAGCAGGCGGUGAUUUUCCCAAUCGUUUGACUCGCAAUGUUUCAAGUUUUAUUGACGAAAGACUUGUUCAAUUGUUUGAGUUGGCAGUGAGUUGCUCGGGUAUUUGAGAAGUUGACCGGGCUUAAGCGGCGCUUACAAAAGGUGGGUGGGGGGGGCGGUGUUAGAAAACAUUUCCCGACCAUGGUCGAAAAGGAUAUUAAAAUACCUGUGGUGGCCCAUGCGUUAACACACACACACACACCAGUCAAUUGUGACUGCAAGAGACGCGUGCAGAGCGGCAAAGGGUGGCUUGAGGACAGAAACGCAGUGUUGCCGCAUCGUAAUAUGCCCUCUAGCAUCUGAUGCGUGCGGCUAAGUUUCUUAGAGAGAUGGAUAAAUAUUGUUGUAAAGCUGUUGGCCUGUUUGAACUUCGUUCGCGCCGUACGUAGCCAACCAUGCUAGUCAGAGGUGCGUGGGAAGGACAACAGAACUAAACACAAAGGAAGGCACGGGCCAUCCCUGGCUUCAACUUCGCAUCACCUUCCACGAUGAUGCAAGUGAGCACGACGCAAAUCUCAAAGUGACGAGUGGUCGAAUCUGAGCUCCAGCAGACGCGAGCGAGUUUGAUCAGUUCUGUUCGUUUCUCUUUCAAUAAACAUACCGUAGCGUUUUUUUUUGUAUCGACCACGACAUCAGAAAUUGCUCAAAACAAUCGUUGCGCGUGUGUGAACACGUCUUUACGACACAACCACCAAAGCCACAACGAACGGCAUCAGAAUUUGACGUUUGGUUGCCACGUUAACUCAUACCGUCUGAUGUUAUCGAUUAAGUUAUCGGUGAACAUCGCUGCGGAGCCAGAUAUCAAAAUGUUGGUGAGUUUGGUGAUCUCGCUAAAGUCAACGAGAGUGCAGUUCUGCGGCUGAAUGUAAAUCGAUUACAUCUGCGUGAGACUGCAUUUGGGAGAAAAAAAAGUCACUUGACAGCGGGUGAAGGAGAUAUCCCGUCUUUAAUGAGAGGCCGAUUGAAAGGUGCCGCAGGCGUCAUUUUCCAACUUGCUUCAGGGAGGCGAUUACCGACGAGAGUACAUUGGUCUUUGUGCGGCAGAGGUCGCAACCGGGUACCCGAUACCCGUACCCUACCCGAUACCCUGGCUACCCGUACCCGGCCCUGGUGCGGCCGGGUACGGGUAGUUCGUGAGUCACUGGUGAGUAACCGUUUGUCACUCAUUUCGGGUAGGGUACGGGUUAGCGACCCUGGUUCGGCCGGGUACGGGUAAGGAAUCAAAACCCGUUUGCGACCUCUGUUGUGCGGUGACUCCAUUUAGAAUUGAUGUGAUGCUUUCAAGCGGUGGUUCUUAACCUGGGGAGCGAGAUGCCCUCUCUGAGUGUGCGAGACAUGGCCAGAUUAGAUUUAGAAGGUAAGUCAUCGAUACACUUUCUUUCAUCAAACCUAUGCAUGUAUUAACAUAAUAAAAGUUUAACCGAUUGCAGACCAAAGGGCUGCAAGGCUGCAGUCAAGGUUAAGAACCACUGCCUUAAAGGUUUUGUAUAGUGUGCACAUGGCGUUGAAGAAAGUGGGUAGCAGUGUAUAAUCGCUUGAGGAAGUAGAUUGCCGUCGAAAGGGUGGUUUAAUAAAGUGUACAUUGUAAAAGUACAA